AUGUUGUUGAUCUUACGAGCACCUGAUGGCUAUCAAAGCCUCUUUGUUGUGUUGAUUAGACGUCCAGCAGUAAUUAACUCGCAUAAAUUCUUCGUUACCCAUGAAGUCUUAGUCAAAAUUCUGCUAGUCAUCGCACUACGAUACGCAUACUUCUGUAGUGUGACGGAGCCAGGAUUCGGUGCCUCAGCAAUGAGCCAAACAGAGAGGAAUCCGAAAAUCGAAAAUCGUUACAUACGCAUGAACCCGGAAAGGGCGGAAGUGGAUGAUGGAAGAAUUCCUCGUAUCGAUGCAGACGAAACACCAUGGCUAGCGAAUUUCGCCCGGUUCUGUCUACAUAACGAACCGUGUGUGUUCAGCGAAACGUUCACAACAGAUUGGUCAGCGAGACAGCUAUGGGUCCGUGAGGAUGGUUCACCGAAUUUAGACUACCUUAGAAAGGCGUAUGGUUCGCAAAUUGUUCCUGUUAUCACAGAAGAUAGUUGUAAGCCAAUUGAAAUGACAUUUGCUAAGUUCUGCGAUUAUUGCGAAGAUCAAAAGUCAGGUGGUGAUUCAGCUUCUCAGUACUUGAAGGAUUGGCACUUUCAAAAGAGCUGCGGUACUAGCAUGUACGAUGUGCCAGCCAUGCUGUCCAGUGAUUGGGCAAACCGUGAAAAAUGGACGGAUGAUGACGAGAAUCCAUUUAGAGGCGACUACCGAUUUGUGUAUUUUGGUGUGAAGGGCACUUGGACCAAAUUUCACUCGGAUGUUAUGUCAUCAUAUAGUUGGUCGGCUAAUAUUUGUGGUCGCAAACUCUGGUAUUUUGUCCCGCCAGGCAAUGAGAACGUCUUUAUGCAGGAGAAUAAACAGCUUCCAGAAGACAUUAGACUUUACAGACAGUUAUGGGAGAAGGCCGAUGUUAUGGUUUUGAUUCAAAAUCCAGGUGAAAUCGUUUUUGUGCCAACAAAUUGGUAUCAUCAAGUGCAUAAUCUGGAAGAUACGAUAUCGAUCAACCAUAACUGGUUGAACGCAUCAAAUAUCCAUUUGAUCUAUGAAUUCUUGAGACGGCAUCUGAAAGAGGUUCAGAAAGAGAUUGGCCAUCUGUCUAAUCUGUUUUCGAAGCAAGAAAUGAGGGAACAAGAACAGUUUGUGCUUGGCGCGGACGCACGGAUGAACAUGCCACGUCUUCGCCGCUUGCUAGAAAUGGUCAUAGCUGACCGUAGCCAAGGACCGCAAGCGAAGUGCUACGUGUGCCACAAACAUGCUAAUCCCAAAGACUGUAAAGAUGACCAUGAAUGUAUGGAUAAGUUCUCCACGUACUGCAAAUGUACUACGAAACAAUGCGAGGCUUGUGAUGCUUUUAUGCGAUCAUUUGAAUUGUCCACAGCGAUCUCUCUUUUGGAUACGAUGAGAGCGGAUGGAUUCUAA